GGACAGAGAGGUCAGAGGUCAGAGUUAGCACGGUUAGCUUAGCUUAGCGAGCCGUAAACAAACAGUUUUCCCGCCGUUUGACUAAAAACGUUUAAACUGAAAUUAAUUAAUGAACCAGCUGAUCUAAGAACAGACACGGGCAACAUGUCAGCUGACACAAAGAUCGCAGAGCUGCUCACAGAACUGCAUCAGCUGAUCAAGCAGACUCAGGAGGAGAGGUCACGCAGCGAACACAACCUGCUCAACAUCCAGAAAACACACGAGAGGAUGCAGACGGAGAACAAGACGUCUCCGUACUAUCGGACCAAGUUGCGUGGACUGUACACGACGGCGAAAGCGGACGCCGAGGCCGAGUGCAGCAUCCUGCGUCACGCGCUGGAUAAGAUCGCAGAGAUCAAGUCGCUGCUGGAGGAGAGGAGGAUCGCUGCCAAGAUGGCCGGAGUUUACAGCGACAGCGACCCGCCCAGGAAGACGAUGAGGCGAGGAGUACUCAUGACGCUCCUGCAGCAGUCUGCCAUGACGCUUCCUCUGUGGAUCGGCAAGCCAGGAGAGAGCCCCCCCCCUCUGUGCGGGGCGACCCCGGCCAGCAGCGACUACGUGGCCAAACAGGGCGACAAGGUGGCGGCGAGGGUGAAGGCGGUGGACGGAGACGAGCAGUGGAUCCUGGCUGAGGUGGUCAGCUACAACCACUCCACCAACAAGUACGAGGUGGACGACAUCGACGAGGAAGGCAAAGAGAGACACACUCUGAGCAGACGGAGGAUCAUCCCUCUGCCUCAGUGGAAGGCGAACCCAGAGACGGACCCUGAGGCUCUGUUCAGUAAGGACCAGCUGGUUCUGGCUCUGUACCCACAGACCACCUGCUUCUACCGGGCCCUGAUCCACACGCCACCUCACCGGCCUCAGGACGAUUACUCGGUGCUGUUCGAGGACACGUCCUACGCUGACGGGUACUCUCCUCCGCUGAACGUGGCUCAGCGCUACGUGGUCGCCUGCAAAGAGAACAAGAAGAAGUGAGCAGAGGAGGACGGAGCCUGAACUGUGAUCACUCUGAAACACAGACUUCUGUUUAUAUGUUGAUAGAUUCAUCCGGUCUGUAAUCAGGCUGUCUGUGUGUGUGGACUGAUCGAUCACAGAUCUCAUUUAUCGGCUCUAUGUUCAGAAUAUAAUGUUCAUCUACAGCGUCUGCCAUGUUUCUGCUGGAUGAGGAGGGUGAGGCGAGUGGGUCGUAAUCAGCAACUAGAUGCCACUAAAUCCGACACACUGUUUUUUUAAUAAAAGAGACUAUUUGUCA